AUGGAAACACCGGGCCAUCGGGCGUUCAGUGGCACUUGUCAUAGACUGACAAGUGCAGGCGAGCAACUCAAAAGUGGCUCGGCGAGUCUCUCAGUGAUGCGAGAGGACAAUUGCGGCAUGGCAGUGAGGGGAAGCGAAUGGGCAAUCAUUGGCUGUCUUGUUGUUAGGCGAAUCGGCCGGCUCCGCGAAGAUAGCUAA